AUGAGCACUGCAUUCACAUUAGCCUCAGGUCAAGUCGUUGAAACUCCACAUUCGCCAUCCAAUAUGACGGAUAAUUCGGAUACCGAGGCAGUUCUCGUUGAGAAAACUCCCGCGAAACGGGAGACGGAUGUUGCUGCUAGUAUGGCGUUAACACACACGAGUAUGGCGACCGAUCCCAUGGCAGAGGCUCCCAGCAGGUCGGGCAGCAGUCUUUCUCUAGCCCAAGCCGACGCCAAAGGAAACGGUCCUUAUCAGUCGCUGAUCCCCAGCGAUGACCCCAAUCUCGUGUCAUGCCACACUCCUCCCACUCGCAUGGAAGUCGCUGCCUGUUCUGUGUUCUUUGUGGUGGUACAAAUUGCAAGUCUGGUGGCGUAUAUCUACAUUGAACCCACCAUGAGACCCAUCCCAGUGGAUUACUUGGAAGGAUCGCAAGAAUAUAUCAAGAAUCAAGUGAACACGGAAGAAGACCACGGAGAGACCCUUGGAACCAUUGAGCUAAUUGCGCUCUGUUGGCUCGCUCCUUUCUUGAUCCAGGCAGCCGUGGGAAUGGCGAUUGGGAGAGUGGGCGACACUCAUAGGACUCUUUGUGUUUGGGCCACCGCCACUUCCUUGACAUCCUUUGCCAGUGCUCUCAUCAAAUCAUACGUCGGAUAUCUGCGUCCCGUUUUCUUUGAAUGGUGUGAACCGGACGAGGCAUAUGGAUCCUGCUCUUCCGAAUAUGAGCGUGAGGCGAGGACAUCGUUCAUCUCUGGUCAUGCCAGCUUUGCUUUCGUGGGAUGUGUAGUCUUUUCCAUGUUUCUGGAAUACACCUUUGGUCUCUCCAGUGUCGAAAUGGCAGUUGCAAGGCAUCUUCCCGCGCCAGAACAACCCGCGGAUGGAACACAACAACAACCAACAUCCGGAGGCAUCUACUGGGCUGUGGCAUACAAAAAGAGCCCAGGAUUGCGGAGAGUAGGGUCCUUCCUGGCCCUGCUUCCCGUGGCAGUGGCAAUUUGGGUAGCAUGUUCUCGUGUGGUGGACAACGUACACUUUCCAGCGGAUAUUGUGGGUGGUGCACUGGUCGGAGCUGGUAUCGCCUCAUUCUGUCACAAGCUGUGGUUUCCAGAGCCGAGGUUUAUGCCGUGA